AUGACUCAAGAAACAUCAUCAUCACCACCACCACCAUCAACCACUACCACUACCACUACCACCACUAUUCGAAAUAACCAGUCAUAUCACCAUCAAUCAACUUAUCAACCAUACCAACCAUACCAUCAUCAUCAUCACUCAAUCUCAAACUCUUCAAAUCCAUCAACUUUACCUUUUCAUCAUCUCAAUACUUCACCAUUACCAAGUACUACUCCUCAUUAUUCAAUACCACCACCAUUACCUAUUCAACCAUCUCAAUCUCAAUCUAAUCUGAUUCAUUCAACUUAUUCUCCUCCUCCUCCUCCUUCUUUAUCAUUCUCUCCUUAUUCUUCUUCAAACUUUCAAUCUCCUACUUUAGAUCAUCAUUCAUCUUAUUACAAUCCACUUCAUCAAGCUCAUUCAAAUCCUUCUUCACCUUAUCAAUCAACUUAUCAUCAUCAACCACCUCAACCACCUCAACCGAUUCCAAUCUCUUAUCUUAACUUUUCUCAUCAUCAAUCAAACUCUCCUCCUCCUUCUUUUGAUUCAUUCUCUCCUACUCCUUCUCAUUUUCCAAUCAAUGAGAGAUCUUAUCAAAUCCCUCCUUCUUCUCCUUCAGCUUUCAACACUCCUUUCAACUCACCUAGAUCUCGUCCUCCAUUCGGUUCUAGAUCUCAUCAUCAUCACCAUCAUCUAAAUCAUCAUCUAAAUCAUUCAUCUCCUUUUCUCCCUUUUCUACACCAAACAUCUUAUUCUCCUACUUCGACUCAUUCGACUCAUGAACCUAAAUCACCUACAAGUCCUCCGAUCAACUCUUUAGUCAGAGGUUCACUUGCUCAAGCUAAACUUCGGAAUCAUCGUCUCAAACUCAAUCCAAUUGGAUCUCAACCUUUCAAUACCCAAGCUAUCCAUCAUUCUCAUAAACCAAGACAUUCGAAAUCAUCUCAAAAACCAGCUCUCCCUCGUCCUCCUUCUCAUAGUGAACAUGCACUUUGGGUAGGAAACGUACCGAAUGAUGCGUCACAUGAAGAACUUUGGAAGUUUUUCUCAGGUCCUCAUUCUACUCCAUCAACAUCAGGUGUCGAAUCGAUUCAUUUGAUCUCACGUAGUAAUUGUGCAUUUGUGAAUUAUCUUUCACAAGUUCAUCUUCAACAUGCCAUCACGGUUUGUAAUGGAAAAACUCUAAGACCCUUUGAUCCAAGAUCUAAACCAUUAGUAUGUAGAGUAAGGAAUCCAGAAGAUAAUGUAAAGAGUGGAGUAGGUGCUCAAAGGAUUGGAGGAAUGCAUCGAAGUUGGAUAAGGAAAACGAUCAAGUCAAAUGAAAUCAUCGAUCGAGAUGUUAAAUUACAACAGAGCCGAUCGAUUGGUAAUGAAGAUCAAUGUAAACGAACUUCUUCGACUUCUACUUUUAAUUCUAAUCAGACCAAUUCCUCUGGUACAGCUUCGACUAGUUCGUCUUUCCUUUCUAGACAUUUCCCUCGUCGAUACUUUAUUUUAAAGUCAUAUACCGAAGAAGAUUUAAAUUUAUCAGUCGAAAGAUCAGUUUGGGCAUCACAAUCACAUAAUGAACCGAUCUUAGAUCAAGCCUAUCGAACUUCAUCAGAAGGAGUUUAUUUAAUCUUUAGUGCCAAUCGAAGUGGUGAAUUUUAUGGUUAUGCAAAGAUGACCGGACCGAUUUGGAGAUCGAUCCAUCCACCUAUUUCGGUACCUAACUCACCAAUCUCAAGACCUUCUUUGAUUACUAAUAGAAGAGCAUCAGCCAAUGAUUUAGUUUUACCAUUACCACCACUUUUGGUUGAGAAAGAUGAAGGAUUGGAAGAAGAAAAAACAGGAUUGGAAGGAAGAUUACUGCCUGCUUUUCAAGAAAGAAGAACGACGGCUUCGCCCGUUCCGAUCUCGCCUUGUGUACCUUUUAUCGGACUGGCUCCUCCGAUCUCAUUAACGGGUGGUCCUAGUAGAUCAUUACCUGAAUUGAUCAGAUUAGAAACAUCAGUUGAAAAGAAAGAGGCUAAGGAAUCUGGGGGGGUGGUAGUGGUUGUGAAGGAAACGGAAGGAUUGGAUGAUGAGGGGGAAGAGGAAGAGGUGAUGGGAUCGGAAGAUUCGGUGGGUGGGGAUGGUAGACCGUUUGAGAUUGAAUGGAUCAAGGUACAGAAAUUACCGUUUCAUUUGACUCGUGAUCUUAAGAACCCAUUCAAUGGUCAUCGUGAAGUUAAAGUUAGUAGAGAUGGAACUGAAAUCGAACCUAGUAUUGGUGCGAUUUUGGUUUCUAGAAUUGAUGAAGCUUCUACUUCUUAA